AUGAGUGAAACCGGCCUCUCCAUCGAAUACGGGCCUCGCGUGGGCAGCCAGAAUGUCUCUCACCUGCAGUUAUGGCAGGAAAUCGUCAACGCCAGGCCGACCGCGACUGCCCUCAUCGCGAAGCACCAGUCUCCCAGCUCCUUCCGUUGGGUGGGCAGCCAGCAUAACGACAAUGAAUACGUUCAAUGGACCUUUGCCGACCUCGACCGAGGAGCGCGACGGCUGUCGAAUGCACUCAACAGACUGGCACACAUCGACCGCAGACCCAUUGCCGCCCUCGUCAACAAUCAAGCAGAAUGGGCCCUCUUCUACUGGGCGUCGGCCUACCUGCACUCGCCUUUCGUCCCCAUCAACCCAAAGGUCGUCACCAGGACGGAGGAGAUCAAUCACAUGCUGGACCUGGUCGGCCCGGUCGCUCUUGUCAGCGCAGACCUACACAUCGCCAGCCAGCUCGAGCAGAGCCUGUCCGAGAAAUUGAUGUCAUCCAUCCCAAUCCGAAUCGCUUUAUCCCACGUCGGCGGAGAGACCGCGCAGCCAUGGGAGCUUCUAGCAAGUGUAAUGUCGGGAGAUCCGACGCCGCCAGAUACUCCAGACGUGGUCAACGCGUACGACACGAUGGUCAUUCUCUUCACCAGCGGCACCACAUCACUGCCGAAACCUUGCGCGUUGUCGAGCUUCCAAUGCCUGAACGCUGCUUUGGGAUGCAUGGAUGCUCAACAGAUCAACUCCAGCCAUAGAUUUGUUCAGCAAUUGCCCGGUUUCCACUCCUAUGGCAUUGGCUGGUCACUUGGCCUCUGGCUUCGGGGUGGGAUGAUCAUUCUUCCAUCUGACAACUUCGAGGCGCAAGCGACGCUCGAAUGCUUUGACCAGUUCAGAGCAACUCAUAUGGCGUUGGUACCGACCACAGCCCAAGCGAUUCUUGCGCAUCCUUCCUUUGCCAAGACAGAUCUCAGCACGCUUGUCAGCAUCGACAUUGCCGGCGCUGGUGUGCUUCCAAGCUUGGUCGACGCAUGCACAGCAGCUUUGAAGGUCCCCACGACAGCCAGCUAUGGCAUGACAGAAAGCCCCGGAACGGCGUCUUGGGGUGUCCAAGAAGGCUCUGUUGUGCGCAAUGGAGAGGUCAUGUCCGGACGUCCCGUCAGGAAUACAGUCCAAAAGAUUUGCCAGCCCGGAACUCGGAACAUCGUCCAACGAGGCCAAUUUGGCGAGCUUCACAAUGGUGGUCCGCAAGUCAUUUCUGGGUACAUGGAUCCCCGGGUGGCGCAGGACAGCUUCUACAAGGACGAAGAUGGUAUCCAGUGGAUCUUGACCGGCGAUCAAGCAGUAAUGGAUAGUGACGGUGCCAUCCGGAUCACGGGCAGGUACAAAGACAUGAUCAUUCGCGGCGGCGAGAAUAUUUCUCCCGCAAGUAUCGAGGAUUAUUUGAGCCAGAAGGAAGACGUUUUCAUGGCCCAAGUUGUCGGUGCACCAGAUGAGAUGGCUGGCGAAGUUCCAAUUGCAGUCAUCACAACGCGUGAGGGACGCGAAGCAAACACGUCUGACCUGAAAGCCGAUGUUACUCGCGACCUUGGUGCAGCUUUUGCCCCGAAAAUGAUCCUGCAUCUCACGAAAGACCUGGGCCUGGAUGCCUUCCCGACAACCGCUUCUGGUAAGGUGCGCAAAGUUGAGCUGGCCCAGGCUGUGCGAGAGCAUAUCAAAGCACAGCAAGGAGCUGGCCUGGACAAGUCUGGCUCGACCGUGGACGCUCUCAUUGCCAUUUGGAAGAUGAUCAGUGGGACAGAUACACUACUUCCGUCCACACUCAUCGAGUCUUUCGCCGACUCGUUGAUGAUGAUGCAGCUCUCCGGCACUGUCAAGAAAGAGCUAGACCGAGACAUCACCGUGGAACAUUUCAAGCUCUGCGAAACGAUUCAAAGUAUGGCAGACCUCAUUGACUCCAGGCCAGCAAAGAGCUCCGUGGUCAUUCUACCGAAGCGCCAAGGUCCACCAACGUUGCAAGAGACGCCACACGCUCGGGAGAAUGAAGAAGUCUUCGCUCGCACACAGAUCGCGGCCUCUGAACUGCUCUCGCCGCUUGGUCUCGGCUGGAACGACGUGGAAGAUGUCGUGCCACUGCCAGACUGGGACGCCAUGUUCUGCCACAGGUCUCGUCUUUCGUCAUGGAACCUGCGCUUCAGCUACCACGCACCUGUCGAUGUCGAUGCACUGGAGGCUGCCAUCAAGCUAUCCCUAGAUUACCACCCCACAAUGCGAUCAAUCGCGCUGGAGCAAGACGGCGAGACGCUGCUGGUGACGGUUCGCUCAUCCGAGGAAUGGUUCCGAGCUUCGAUCACAACGGGCUGGGCAGUGCAGACCAAGGAAGAGUUGAAUCAGCUUCUGCUUGACGAUCCGGUAUUGGACACCGCCAGCGCUCCUGGACCACUUGUCAAGUUUCAUGUUGCGCGUGUACUCGAUGAUGGCACAUCGGGCCUUGUCUUGGUCGCUUCGCAUUCCGUCAAUGACAUGAGCAUGACAAAGGUGUGGCUUGAGGAUAUAGUUACUCUUCUCACAGGAGAAGGUAAUCUUGUUCCUCACGCCCAGUUCAAAGACUAUGCGACGGCUUUCUUUGACCAUCGCGAAGGCCUGGAAGCGAACAACGGCAUCGAAUACUGGGUUCAGAAGCACCAAGGCAUUAGUCAGCUGCCAGAAUCAACGUACUGGCCUCCUCAAAGGGCUCCGGAAUGGUUCAAGGGCGUGGACUCUGGCUGGUCCAGAUGGGACGGCACCAGUGCGCGCAAGAAUGAGCGCCUCGUUCCCCAGGCGGAGAAGAUUAAAGCGCAAAAAGGUAUCCGGCGCAUGGUCAAGGUUGCCGACAUUGCGAAGCUCAAGGCCGAACACAACGUGCCGGUUUUCAUGCUUGUGAAGACUGCGAUUGCAGUUAUGAAUAUCUGCAAGACCGGCGGUAAGGAAGCCAUCUUCGGUACCAUCAACGCCGCUCGUACGUGGCCUUUCUCCUCCGAUUAUAGUGCUCUCGAACGGGAGGCGUACAAUGGUAAUCCUCUGGACAUCUCGGGCUGUACGACCGAAUACGUGCUCGACCGCAUUCCGGUGGGGAGAUCGAAAUCGCUGCUGGCGCUUAUGCAACAAGUUACCAAGGACGAAGAGAAGAACAGCUCUUUUGCUCAUACACCCUUCUUUCGGAUCGUCGAUCGCCUCCGGGAUCCUCUCUCAGCAGACGACACCCGCACAUUCGCAGAACGGGAGCGUGAUGCCGAGUCCAUCCUUCCUCUGAUCCGAAGACAGAGCUUCAACUGGCUUCCAACUGCCCCCACAGCUCAAAGUCCCAAGGGUCUGAUGCUGCAGGAAAUGUUGACCCGGAUGGACAACGGGCUAACAAUCACCGGGUUCCUGCUUGACGACAAGAAGAGUGUUGCGCUUUCUUUCAGCUGGGACGCGGAGCAUCUGAGCUUCAAAGAGGCCGAGAGGACGCUUGAUGAGCUUGUGGUGUUGGUUGAUCGUAUGGGAAGGGAGGAGAACUGGAGCGAGACGGUCGAGGGGUUGAUGAGGAUGUAA